AUGAAAUGUGCUGCAUGUGUUUGCGAUCUGGCAGAGGUGAAGGCUGUGCUGGAGGAAUCUGAAGUAACCAGUGAUUCUGCUCCAAACGUCACUGAAGAGCAGCAGCAUAGCGUCUCCACGGAGGAGAACGAAACCUCACAGAAAAUCAAGAAAAAGAAAAGAAAAUUGGAUGGCACAGGGGACUCAACAUCUAGUGUGAAAAAGGUCAAAAAGCAGGAUGAAGUUAAAGAGACAACAGAAGAAGAGCAACAGAGGGAUGAAAAACAGGAGGAGGAAUGUGAAGAGGUGCUAGAGAAUGGAAAUGAUGACAAAGAGGGUUCAGCUGAGGAGGAUGAUAGUGAUGAAGAUGGACCGCAGCUUCCUUCUGGUCUGACCGGUGCAUUUGAGGACAAGUCAUUUGCAUCUUUGGCAGAAGUGGUUAGUGAGAAUACACUGAAGGGAGUGAAGGAAAUGGAUUUUGAAACCAUGACUGAGAUCCAGCACAAGACCAUACGACCUCUGCUGGAAGGAAGAGACGUGUUGGCUGCAGCUAAAACAGGAAGCGGUAAAACUCUAGCUUUCCUGAUUCCUGCCAUAGAGCUUAUCUACAAACUCAAAUUUAUGCCCAGAAAUGGGACUGGAGUGGUCAUUUUGUCUCCCACUCGUGAGUUGGCCAUGCAGACGUAUGGUGUGCUGAAGGAGCUGAUGACUCAUCAUGUGCACACGUACGGCCUCAUCAUGGGCGGCAGCAACCGUUCUGCUGAAGCCCAGAAACUCGCCAAUGGAGUCAAUAUCCUGGUUGCUACACCUGGCAGACUUCUCGAUCACCUGCAGAACACACCCGGGUUCAUGUUUAAGAACCUUCAGUGUCUGAUCAUUGACGAGGCUGACAGGAUUCUGGAGGUUGGCUUUGAGGAAGAACUGAAGCAGAUCAUCAAACUUUUGCCUAAAAAAAGACAGACCAUGUUAUUUUCCGCAACACAGACACGUAAGGUGGAGGAUCUUGCACGAAUCUCUCUCAAGAAGGAGCCGCUGUAUGUGGGGGUGGAUGACAACAAAGACACGGCCACCGUGGAAGGACUAGAACAGGGAUAUGUUGUAUGUCCUUCGGAAAAACGCUUCCUGCUGCUCUUCACGUUUCUGAAGAAGAACCGUAAGAAGAAGCUGAUGGUGUUCUUCUCGUCUUGCAUGUCUGUGAAGUACCACUAUGAGCUGCUCAAUUACAUCGAUCUGCCCGUCAUGGCCAUUCACGGGAAGCAGAAACAGACGAAGAGAACUACAACGUUUUUCCAGUUCUGUAACGCAGACUCUGGCAUUCUCCUCUGUACGGAUGUGGCUGCCAGAGGUCUCGAUAUCCCAGAAGUGGACUGGAUUGUUCAGUACGACCCACCCGAUGAUCCAAAGGAGUACAUCCACCGUGUGGGACGAACAGCUCGUGGUAUUAAUGGUAGAGGACAUGCCCUCCUGAUCCUAAGACCAGAGGAGCUCGGCUUUUUACGAUUCCUCAAACAGGCCAAAGUCCCUCUGAGUGAGUUUGAGUUCUCCUGGGCUAAAAUCUCUGAUAUUCAAUCUCAGUUGGAGAAGCUGAUAGAGAAGAACUACUACCUUCACAAAUCGGCUCAGGAGGCCUACAAAUCCUACGUCAGAGCUUACGACUCUCAUUCCCUCAAACAAAUCUAUAAUGUAGAGACGCUAGACCUCCCGAAAGUGGCAAUGUCCUUUGGGUUUAAAGUGCCGCCUUUUGUGGACCUCAACGUUCACAGCAGUAAAGGGGUGAAGAUGCAGAAGCGAGGUGGUGGUGGAGGCUUUGGCUACCAGAAAUCUAAGAAUGUCCACAAGGCCAAGAUCUUCAAACAUGUCAGCAAAAGGAAAGGAGACGGCAGACAGUUCUCACGCUGA